AUGUUAUGGCCUCCUUCCUCAGUUUCUAGUUUUGGUCCUGUUUCUUCUUCAUCAUCAUCAUCAUCGUUGUUGAAAUCUUCAUAUAAUGAAUUAAACAAUAACGAGUUAUUGCAAAAGUAUGCUAAGCAUACAAUUCAGUUAUUAGAGAAAAAUCAAACAUUAUUUAAUAAUAAUAACAAUAAUAAUAUUAUUACCACUAAUACUACUACUAAUGAUAAUAGCAAUAAUAAUAAUACUCAUUUUACCAAUCGAAUAACAGAGAUCAAUGAUAUAAAUGGUUCAUCAACAAGAAACAAGUUAAAAUUAAACAUUGAACAUUUCAAUAGUCAUGGCAACAAUCGAAUAAUUACAUCAUCACCACAGAUUGAAUUAACUAUAUCAAAUAAUAAUGAUAAUAAUACAAGUAUUAAUCUUUCUACAACUAUUACCAAUACUAAUAAUAUAACAACAAUCAGUAAAAAUGAUAAUCAUUGGAAUGUUAAUACUAUACCAGUUUGUUCAACUUUCUAUCAUACGCCACAAACAUGUUCAUUUGAAUAUAAUAAUAAUAACAAUAAUAAUAAUAAUAAUAAAUUAAACAAUGAACAAGAAACUAUUGACAAGUUAACUCCAUUGGAAUCGGAAAAUCUUAUUCAUCAUUCAAAUGAUCAUAUUGAUCAUAGUCCAAUUCAACAUCAUGCUAAUAAUACAAUGAAUUGUAAUGUUAAUAAUAGUACAUGUAGUAGUGUGUCGAAUGAAUUAUAUGAUCAAAAUUUACCAUGUUCUACACCGGAACAACAACAACAACAAACACAUUCAACUACUACUAAUACUACUACUACUUCUACUAGUAGUACAAUACAUAUUAAUGGUGCUGUACAUAAUACAUUAAGAAAAACACGUUCUGAUAUGAAAGUAAUACAUAGAUAUUUAAUACAAAUUAAACAUGAUACACGAGAAAUUCAUCAAAUACCUUGUCAUGAAUUAGACAGUUAUAUACAAGACUUUGUACUUACCGCGAAAAAGAAAGAUGGACACGAAUAUGAACCGGAAUCAUUGAAAGCAUUUGUACAUUCACUAGAAAGACAUUUAAAACAUCAUGGCUAUUCACAUUCAGUGCUUAAAGGUAAUGCAUUUGCUGGAACACGAUCUGUGUUGAAUCAACGUUUAAAUGAAUUACGUGCACUCAGUCGAUCUGGUGUAUCAACUAAUGGUGCAUAUGCCUAUUCAUCAAAUGGUGCCAAUAAUCAUAAUAACAGUAAUAAACGUGUAUCGGGAGUUGGUAAUGAUUCAACAUCAGAGAACAGACCAAUUAAUUAUACAAGAAAGCAUAAUUCUAAUCCAAAUGGAUUAUCUUCAGCUGAACUACUUCAAGCUCGUAUACUUGGUACAGAUAAUCCUCAGGCAAUACUGAAUAGUUUAUGGCUUAUGAACAGAACUCAAUUCAAUAUUGGCGGUACACAAAGACACCGAAAUUUAGUUUGGGGUCAAUUUCAACUGAUCACUGAUGAUAAUGGAAUUAAAGCAAUUAAAUUCACUCCAUUAUUUGAAUCUGCUGAAGUACGUUAUUGUCGUGGUUAUGGUGGAACACGUGGUGGUGCUGCAAAUCAUGAUCCAUUAGCAAAAACACAACCACUUAGUUGUACUGGUAGUGCUAAACGUCAACCUCUUCCAUUCAAUUGUGUUGAAUUAUUUGAAAUAUAUGCUAAUUUACGACCAUUAGAAGCUCGUGGUGUUUCUGAGCCAUUCUAUCUGUGUCCAGAUAUUAAUUGGGAUCAAAAUAAUCAAAAUGGAAUUUGUAAUAGUUGGUUUAAAACAAAUGCAGCUGGAUCACAAUUAUUAUCACGUAUACCACGUUCACUUGGUUUGAAACCUUCUAAAGAGCCAAUUUCAAUAUCUGGUAUAAAUUCAUCUAAUAUACAUAAAUUACAAACAUCAAAUUCAUUAAUUCCUAAUCAAAUAAAAGAUUCUGAUAGAUUAAUUACAGAUCAUUGUAGUCAAAUCUUAUCAAAUUUAUCAAAUUAUCGAGAUAUUUAUCAGAUACAAUCACAAAAUAACACUAUUACUAAUGAUCAUCAUCAUAAUAAUAAUAGUCAUAGCAACAAUUAUUAUUUCAAUAAUCUUAGUCGUUCAAUAUCCAAUAACAAUUUAAUUUCACAGAAUUUAUUUAAUUUUUUCCCCUUCCUAUUUCCACCAACACCAUCAUCAUCAUCAACAGCAGCUACCAUAACAACAACAACAACGGCAACAACCUUAGCAUCAUCGGUGGAUGAGCAAAGCUUAACUUGUCAUUCAUUAUUGAAUGCAUCAAUUCCAUUACCUAGUAUUCUGCAAAAUUUAAAUUCUAGUUUAUUUCAACAAACGUUUAAGGAGAAUGUCUCAACGAUUCGUGAAGAGUAUAAUAAUAGUAAUAUUGAUAAUAAUAAUAAUAAUCGUGAUAAUUUUCAAUUUUCACAUGAACAAUUUGAAGAAGAACAGUGUAGACACAAUUCGACUCGGAAUAAAAUUUCUUCACCAACAACUGUAGAUGAAGAUGAUGAUAGUAGAGGAGAAGGAGGACAAAUCGAUGUAAAUGAAGGAGGUGAACUAGAAGUAGACGAUGAGGGAACGCAAAAUAUUAAAAUAAUUAAUUCAAAUUGUUUUUCUCCAACCUCAGAAACUGAACCAGAAAUUGAAAAUUUAUCAACAUUAGAUGAGAAUCCAUCGAAAUUACUCACAAAAUUAUCUUCAACAAUUAGAAAUGAUCUACUCCAUUCUCCCGAUAGAAAUGAACAAUAUGAAUCUGUUGUAAAUAGUUCACAUCAUUCAAAAUCAUCAUCUUCAUCCUCGUGUUUAUCUUCAUCAUCUCCUUCUUCUGCUUCUUCAUGUUCGUCUUCAGCAGACAUUGGAACAUUUAAUCGAAAAACCCAUCAUCACCGUCAUCAUCAUCGUCAUCCCCACCACCCCAACCAUCAAAGUCAUCGUCAACGACUUGAAAUAAAAUCAACUCAUCCAUCAUAUCAACAAGUAGAUGAUUUCAACUGUAGACUAACAGAUAAUUACAACAAAGAGCACUGGUCAUCAUCGGAGUCAUCAUCAUCAUCACCAUCUCCUCGUUUAACAACACCCUUAUCAACAACAGUAACGAAUACAACUAUAUCAAUUGCAUCAUCAUUAUUAUCAACAACACCUUCAUCAACACCAUUAAUCAAAAGUACAACAUCAAUAUUAGCUCGAUUCAACAAAAUUGCAUAAUUGAAUACAAUAUAAACUUGAAUAUGGAAGUUUUUUAAUAACAACAUUGUGUAUUACUCUUCAUUUCAUUUGUCAAAGUAAAAUUUCAAUUUUACAAAACAAAACAAAUCUGUUUAUUGUAAAUGAAUCAAUGGAUUAUUUGAGUUUAUAAUGUGUUAUUAUUAUUAGUAGUAUAAGACAGAUUGAAAAUAAUUAGGAAUUUCAUGUGUUUUCUUUUCUCUCUCUCUCUCUCACUUACUUCCUUUUAUAUUUGUAUAUACAAAAAUCAUCACUCGCACACACACACACACCCAUGCAUCUCACUUUCUUUUACUUCAAACGAUUGGUAAUCCAUUUACUAUCUAUCUAUUAUGACAAUAUGUAUUAGUAUUCAUGAUAUAUUUGUGAUGAUUUUUAACAAUAAUUCAUUAUAAGAGAGUAGAAUGAAAGGGAAACGCACACAAUUUCUUUUGUUUCGCACACUUUUACAAUUUUCAUAAGUAUCAAUAUCAAGCAUAUUUUAUUUAAGUAGUAUCUACAUUAUAAAAGUUAAAAUUAUUAUAAUGAAUACAAGUAUUAGUAUUAAAUAGACUUUUAUUGUUACAUUAUUGAUUAGUAUUACUAUUAAUAGACUUUCUCGAACUGCUGCUUACCCUCCCCCUCUCAAGUGAGCAAAAAAAAAACAUGAUACUUCUUUUAUGAUUAUUAAAAUGCAUGUACAAUUGUAUACUUUAUACCCCUAAUUAACUUGUCC